GAGCGUCAACAAAUGAGUUUUAAGUCAUUCAUUUUUAAAUUUGUAAUCCUUACGUUUUUUAAACACCCUGUCCCCAUGUUUGCACAAAAAAGAUGAAAUGGAGCUAGAUGUCUUGGUCUUUGGUUCAUCAAAUAUUGAUUAUAUUAACUAUGUCAAUGAACUGCCCAAAUCGGGAGAAACUGUGUUUGGCGUGCACCGUGAUUGUUGCUAUGGGGGCAAGGGGGCCAAUCAGUGUGUGGCUGCUGCCAAAUUGGGUGCCAGAUGCGCCCUGAUCUCCAAACUAGGCAACGAUAAGCUAGGCGCGCAAUAUUUAGAGUACUUGAAAGAAUUGGAUAUCAAUGUAGAUCAUGUUGAAAUAAUUGAUGGCCAAUCAACUGGCCUGACUGAGAUCAAUGUGGCUGAAAAUGCCCGAAAUAUGAACAUUGUACUAUCCGGCGCGAAUAUGAUGCUAAAGUGCAAUGAUGUUUUGAACGCCAGAAAACUGUUCAGGCAUGCUAAAGUUCUGCUUUGCCAACUGGAAACAGACGAGAGGAUUGUCCUCUUCGCAUUGCAUCACUUCAAGGGCGUGUCUAUAUUGAAUGUCUCGCCAGCACAUGCCAACAUGAACUUAGAACUGAUCAGAGCACCAACGAUUCUCUGCUGCAAUAGAUUAGAGGCGGCGCAGCUAACCAAUCGGGAGCAGAUCGACACACUGGAGGAUGCCAAAGCAGCGGCUACUGAUCUGAUUGAGAUGGGUGCCAAUAGUGUGAUCAUAACCAUGGGCGAAAAGGGUGCCGUUUACAUGUCUAGUAGUGAGCCGGAUUUGUGCACCCAUGUACCCGCACCGCGCGUCCCCUACUUGGCGGAUACUUCGGGUGCAUCCGAUGCUUUUCUGGGCAGCUUGGCUUAUCACAUAUCAAUCUAUCCAAAUUUGAUGCGAGAGAGUCACAUUAGUGCUGCCAAUAUUUGUGCUGCCCAUGCUGUGGGCCAUCGCGGCACUCAGCCCAGCUUCCCGGGCCCGGAACUGUUUCAGGAGCGCCUAUGCCAGUACGAUCCAUUGUACUAUAUUAUUGGAGAUGAAACUGCAGAAACGGCACAGGCCGAGGCUAGGCCAACAGCACCUACUGUGCAGAGUGAGUGUGUUUGUAAUGUGCCAACGACAAUGGCAACGCCAGAGCCAACGCCACAGCCGAAGCGAAGAAGUCAGUCACUGCUAUUUGGUAUGCCGCGUAAGUCGAAGAGAGAAAGUUGUGAUUCUGGCAGCGACUUAUCUGAAUGGCUAACACAACGGAGAACAUUGCAAAAAGAGGAUCAUUUCCAAAAUCGGGGUGAUAAAGUUAAGAAGCCAAAGGUCCAGUCGAAGCGAAGAAGUCAACCACUGCUAUUUGGUAUGCCGCGUAAGUCGGAGAGAGAGAGUUGUGAUUCUGGCAGCGACUUAUCUGAAUGGCUAACACAACGGAAAACAUUGCCAGAAGAGGAUAACUUCCAAAAUCAGGGUGAUAAAGCUGAGGAGCCAAAGGUCCUGCCGGAGCGAAGAAGUCAACCACUGCUAUUUGGUAUGCCUCGCAAGUCGGAGAUAGAAAGUUGUGAUUCUGGCAGCGAAUUAUCUGAAUUGCUAACAAAACGGAAAACAUUGCAAAAGGAGGAUCAUUUCGAUGAUAAAGGUGAUAAAAGUACGAAAAAACCUAAAGCACAAGCCAGGAGAGAUUCAAAGAUUGCGCCGGUGCCAAUAGCUGCGCCAGUGCCCAUAGGAAUGCCGCGAAAGUCGAAGCAAGAUAGUUGUGAUUCUGUGAGCGAGUUAUCUGGACCGAUAUUUGAAACGAGAAAGAAUCAUCCCAGCGAUGAUGAACGUGACCGACAUGCAACAGCCCGCACUUCUACUAAGCCCAUGGUGCUGAGCACCAAGGAAACAAAGGCCAGCCAACCGCCAGUUAUAACACCUAUACCUCUGCCAAUAUGUGUCCAAAGAGCCAGGACAGAAAAAAAGCCAACGGAACCAUGUGACUCGGGGAGUGACGCCCAAGAAAUGCAAGUUAAAAUGCCGCAAAUUGUGUCCGCCAGUAGCAGUGCCUGUACCACUGCCACCAUGUAA